GCCUCUCCCAAAAGCGAGCCGAAGCCUUUGCAUACCAUUAAACUCACGUGCCGUUUGUGAAGCUUUCAUGGAGACCUUCAACCGUUCAAUAGCAAAGAAAUGCUCCGCUUUACAAUCAAUAGAAAUAUCUGCAAGGUUGAAAUUUCCUACCCAAGAGAAUGAAUCAUAUGGCGAAUCUACGUCAUCAAUGCGAAGGAAGAAACCGAUGAGGAAACCUUUGGCGGCAAAACAUGUGUACCCCUGUGAUAAUGCAAAAUUGGUUCUCAAAAUCGCACUGCACCGCCUGUUCACUUUCCCAACUAAUUUUGAAAUCGAUUCCCGACCACUGGCGGAAGCUGGACUCUUUUGGGAUCGAGAUAAGGAAGCGAUCAAGUGCUAUUUUUGCAAGAUCGAAACCACGGAUGUAAAUCGCUUUACAGGCAAGACCGCGGGUGAGAUUUUAAAAAUGAAAUCACAUUGUGGCAUCGGCCAAAAAACAUCUAAUAACGUCCCAAUCGGAGGAACUGAGAAUUACAAAUUUGAAUCUUACCGACUUUAUUCGCUCCUGAAAAAGAAGGACUGGAGAUUCGUGACGCCCAAAGAUUUGGCCAAAUCGGGAUUUCACUACACUGGCAGAGAGGACAAAUGCUGCUGCAUUUACUGCAAUUUGGAAGUGCGCGGAUGGCAAGAGGGAGACACGCCCGACGGCGAGCACAAACGUUGGAACCCAAACUGCCCUUUCAUGAAGUACCCUGAAGCCGUCGUCAAUAUCAAAAUUGGCCAAGAAUUAACUGAGGUGGCGAAUGACGCAACUGGAGAAAAUAAACUAGGAACAAAAGAGUUCCCACCUCAUCUUUGUUUGCUUUGUAAUCGCUACACUGUGACUAAGCAAAAUCGUCCCUGCGAACACAUCAACGUUUGCGAUACAUGCAACAAAGAUAUGUGUCCAGAUCAGCUGUGUGGUAAAAAAAUUUUGGAGCAUGUUCCAAUACAAUAAACAUAUUUAUGCAACAAUAAGAAUAAACAUAUUUUGUA